ACAGUGAAAUGGAUGGAAGGACUCACAUUCCAUCUCUACUUAAUGCCCUUUUGUCCAGAAACCGGGUCAUGCAGAUGAGCUACUUGAAAAGUAAAGAACAAGGCUAUGGAAAGCUAAGCAGUGAUGAAGACCUCGAAAUAAUUGUUGAUCAGAAGCAGGUAGUAGGUGUAACCUUGAAGAAAAAAUGGCACUGUCUUCAAAAAAGUGACCUGACCCUGGCUUUGGGGAAAGGCUCUAGGGCUGCAGAUAAGGCUGUUGCCAUGGUGAUGAAGGAGAUACCGAGGGAGGAGUCUGCAGAAGAAAAGCCCCUCCUUACUGUGACAUCACAGCUGGUGAAUGAGCAACAAGAAAGCCGACCUCUUCUGAGCCCCUCCAUCGAUGACUUCCUCUGUGAAACCAAAUCUGAGGCCAUUGCAAAACCAGUAACGUCCAACACAGCCGUGUUAACAACUGGCUUGGAUCUCCUGGACCUGAGUGAACCCGUCUCUCAAACCCAAACCAAAGGCAAGAAAUCAGAGUCCUCAUCAAAGAGCUCAUCCCUCAAGAAGAAAGCCGAUGGCUCUGACCUCAUCAGUGGGGACAGCGAGCAGAGGGCCCAGGCUCUGCGGGGCCCGGAGACAUCAUCCUUAGACUUAGACAUUCAAACACAACUGGAAAAAUGGGAUGAUGUCAAGCUUCAUGGGGACCGGACAAGCAAGGGCCACCUCCUGGCAGAAAGAAAGUCAUGCUCGUCGCGGACCGGGUCCAAAGAGCUCCUGUGGUCCUCAGAACACAGAUCUCAGCCAGAACUGAGCUCCGGGAAGAGUGCCCUCAACUCCGAGUUGGCCUCCGAGUUGGAACUUGUGGCUCCGGCACAGGCUCGGCUCACCAAAGAGCAUCGCUGGGGCAGCGCUCUGCUCUCCAGGAACCAUUCCUUAGAAGAGGAGUUUGAAAGAGCGAAAGCCGCAGUAGAGUCAGAUACGGAGUUCUGGGAUAAGAUGCAGGCAGAGUGGGAAGAAAUGGCCCGGAGGAACUGGAUAUCGGAGAACCAAGAAGCCCAGAACCAAGUAACCGUGUCAGCCAGUGAGAAGGGCUAUUACUUUCACACCGAGAAUCCCUUCAAGGACUGGCCUGGAGCAUUUGAAGAAGGCUUAAAGAGGCUGAAGGAAGGGGACCUGCCUGUCACCAUCCUGUUCAUGGAAGCAGCAAUUCUUCAGGACCCCGGAGACGCUGAGGCGUGGCAGUUUCUUGGUAUAACCCAGGCAGAGAAUGAAAAUGAACAAGCAGCCAUUGUCGCCCUCCAGAGGUGCCUGGAGUUGCAGCCCAACAACUUGAAAGCUCUGAUGGCUUUGGCUGUGAGUUACACCAACACCGGUCAUCAGCAGGAUGCCUGCGAGGCUCUGAAGAACUGGAUUAAGCAGAACCCAAAAUAUAAAUACCUUGUAAAGAACAAGAAGGGCUCUCCAGGCCUCACUCGGCGGAUGUCUAAGUCCCCAGUUGACAGCUCUGUUCUGGAAGGAGUGAAGGAGCUCUACCUGGAAGCUGCCCACCAAAAUGGUGACAUGAUUGACCCAGACCUGCAGACAGGUCUUGGGGUUCUCUUCCACCUGAGCGGGGAGUUCAACAGAGCAAUUGAUGCAUUUAAUGCUGCCUUAACUGUUCGGCCAGAGGAUUACUCCUUGUGGAACCGUCUUGGGGCAACCCUGGCCAAUGGAGACCGCAGUGAGGAGGCUGUGGAGGCCUACACGAGAGCCCUGGAGAUCCAGCCAGGCUUUAUCCGGUCCAGAUACAACCUGGGGAUCAGUUGCAUCAACCUGGGUGCCUACAGAGAAGCGGUCAGCAAUUUUCUCACGGCCCUCAGUUUGCAAAGAAAGAGCAGGAACCAGCAGCAAGUCCCUCACCCGGCCAUCUCGGGGAACAUCUGGGCUGCUCUCAGAAUUGCACUGUCGCUGAUGGACGAGCCAGAACUCUUCCAGGCAGCCAACCUUGGUGACUUGGAUGUCCUCCUGAGAGCUUUCAACUUGGAUCCUUAAAGGAAAAGAAAGAAAUACAGAAUAAUCCCUCAUCUGUUAUUAUACUAAAAAAGGGACAAAACUAUUUUAUUAUGAAUUUCAAAAAAAAGAUUUUUUUAAAGGAUAAAGCAGAGAGUCAAAAGGCCAUGGUCAUGUAGCCCAAGAGAACUAACUGAUUACUACAGACAAUACCUGGCCUCUGUUCAGACCCAAAAGCACAAAGUCAAGGUCGGGUUCAAGAGAAGAACCAAGAUUCUCAUGACAAAGAAAGAUAAGGUAACUGUGUACACUCUUCCAAGUGACCAGUGGACUUUGAGUUAUACUGUCCCCAGUCACAUGGGGACACAUCUGAGGAGCCUGUUCAUGGGACCUGGCAAGACAGUUUGUCCUCAGUCAGUGAACUCAGGCUGUCUCAAACCUGUCUUCGCCUUUCAUGAGACUGAACAUAUAGUCCGGGCCAUUGGCGCAUGCACACAUACAACCUGAGUAAAGGCAGGUGUCGCUUCCCCUCCUCCCGUUUUAACUUUUACUAUAAGCCUUUGUUUCCAGAGAGAGAGAGAGAGAACUCUGCUGGCGAAAGCAGUUUUUGCACUAGACGUUUUGCUGUUCCCAAUGAAAUCCUGUCCAGGGUUGUAC